UCCUGAUGGUGUUCAAGUAAUACCAAAAAUUUGGCUACAAAAUGAAAACAUAUGCAAAUAUCCUUUACGCUAUAAAACAGACGCAAGAAUUCGAAAAGCUAUUGAAAAGGAAGAAAUACCAAGUGUUGAUUGGCCUUCUUGUCCAAUAGAACGAAUUUUUGGCGAAUACUUCUAUACAAAAAGCCGAUGAUAAAGCACAAAUGGCUACAUAUACUUCGGAUACUGAGAAAGAAUCAAAAUAUUAUAGAAAACAUAGAGCAAAGAAAGUUAUAUCCCCAUCUGAAAGCGAAAAAGAGCCAUUUACAAGCAUUACCUAUUCCUCCACGUCCUCCUGCAAAACGUCAACGACUAUGCAAUGAAAGUGAACAUGAAAGUACGUCUACAACAGAUUUUUGCGAUUCUACAAAAAGACACAAUGAUUUGCAAAAUAUAAGCUCUUGCUCUCACUCAUUUUUACAAGAUGCGCCGAGUAAUCAUAGUGCUUGUUAUGAAAGAGAUGAAGAAACAUGGAAUAUAGUUGAAAUCAGAACACAGAAAAAUCGUGAGAAUCUGCUAAACUGGAGUGCUCUGAGAAUGAGUAAAAUUGAAAGAUUAAACUGUACACAAGAAAGUCUGCAAAGAGAAAAUGAAAAUGAAAAUUUAAAUAAUCAAUUUUCAUAUUCAGCAAUUGUGGACCAUUUAAAAAGAUUAACCAGAGACAUAGCAACAAUUAAAUAUGAUAUUAGACAAAAUCUUACCUUGUUGGACAUUUUAGUUAAAGCAAAUGCGAAAAUGGAAGCCCAGAACACAACGUUUCCUUUUGAGGAUGCUGGAAUCUAUUUCCAUUACAAACUGUACUCCAAUUAACAGAAGU